CAGCUUUAAUUUUUCAGCUGGCACGAGCCGAGGUGACCCGGCGGAGAUUGCGCGCCGGCACGGGCCGGCCGCACCGCGCACGAUCGUCCCGGCACUAUAGAGUGGCCGGGCAGCCCGGGACGGCUGCGCGAUGGCCGCCAGUCUCACCACAAGACCAAGGCCACCCGUUCGAUGGCUGGCGGCGCUGCUCGCCCUCGCACAUGUUAAAGCCGACUGCGCCUCCUGUUUUGUAGAGCCGGUCCACGCCGGCGCCACCAGCGCAGCAUUGAUCGUAGGCGACGCCAUCACGGACAGUUUUUAUCCCGAGGUCGACGCUCUGUUGGAUGACACGCCGCCGGACGCGGCCCAGUGCACGGCCGCCGAGGGCGGCGCGGGGGUGGUCACGACGCGCCGCGGGUCGCUGACCGCCACUACAUUAUUACGACCGUGCGCUUCUGAUCUACUUAAUUGCGUCGACAGCGCGCUGAGCACGUUCCCGAACGCGUCGUCCGUAGUCAAGGUGGUGCACUUCAACUGGGGCUGGGAGCAGUUCGAGGACUAUUCCAUAAAUCUGGCGAACUACGAGGCCGAGAUCGGGGACCUCUACGCGAAGCUGCAAACCGCGUUCCCUUCAGCCAUAUUCGUCUGGGCCACCACAACACCCAUCAAGGGCGACGCUAGUAUUGAGGCGAUGAACGAGAGAGCGUUGGCCGCGCUGCCGAGCGACGUCAAAGUCCACGACCUCCACGCGUCCAUCCUAGACUACUGCGAAAAGGAAGGAUCGGAAACGUGUUCGCUCCACGAGCCCGCGGGACCCUUGACGCCGUCGGGACGGCGCUACGCCGCCGUCGCCGUCUCAUCAUACAUCGCCAAACUCAUUCCCGGCGUCGCGACCGAGGGCCUCCGCCACAGCACGCAGGAGGGCGACGCGACGCGAUUUCGACCCUGGGAGACCGCUAUGAUGAUUCAAGGGCUCUGCGUCAUGUGUCUUGGCAUCCUGGUCUCGUGUGCCUUCGCUUAUUUAUGGUACUUCGAGCGCAGCGACGCGGUGACCAAUAGCUGGCGGCGCGACGACGACGAGGCCAUGCCGCCGCCCGUCGAGAUCGCCUCGGUCCAGAUGUCGGCGCUGGGCACGAUGGCCUCGACGCCGCCGGCGACGCCGCCGCGCCAACCGCUGCAACGGACGCCCUCGCCGGCCGCGCCCAUGCGCACGCCCGACUCCAUGCUCUGAUCUGGUAACGUUGUGUUUUUCGAAACAGCAAUACUUAG